GUAAUCAUCAGGCGCCGUUUGGAAAGCGACAGCAGAACCGGUUUCGUGGAGGAUUUCGCUCUGCGAUCUCUCAGCCCGGAGUGAGCAGGUCAGGAUCGGUCCUUGGGCAACGCUGCCGGAGACGCCGGCAGGGGUCGAGCUGGGAGGGGAGCGAGGGGCUCUUGUGCUUUCAGGCCUGUGGCCCGCGUCCAGAGAAAGUGUGACGCAUCAAGACGGAGCCGACAGGACCCUGCCCUUGGCGUGAUGGGCUGAGUAACGCUCCCUGCAGUCAUGUGUGUAGGGUGCAGGAGCUGGGCAUGCUCUGGAUGCCACCCCCUGCUGAGGCCAUGAUGAGAAAUGUUUCUCCUUGAACUCUGCAUGUUUUAUCUCCAAUCCAGAACAUCAUUUCUCACACUGGUGUCGUACCUCUUCCCAAAGCUGUUGGGUGGCAGGAAAGGGCCAGGAAGAGAAGAUCAGGGAAGAAGAGGGGUCCUGGCAUGGGCAAACAGAGAGGGGAAUGGGCGGUGGGGAGGAGAGGUGUAGUUUUGUUUUGGGGGAAGAGGCUGUGCACAAGGAUGGCUUCCAACAGGAUGGCAUAGUCCCUUUCAGGGGUAGGCGUCCCCCCAUCGGCGGCAGCGACUGCAGCUUGAGGCGGUGAGGGACAUCCAUCGGAGGAGAGGCAGGAGACCUUAGUCCAGAGCCGGAGGGAGGAGUGCGGUGUCACCAGGGCCUGUGAGCACCCGCCCAGCAGCGCUCCAUCCCCCAGGGCAGGAUGGACAGGCUGCGGCAGGUGCUCAGGAGGAGGUCGGCCAAGGUGCUCUCCAUGGGAGAGGAGAGCAGCAGGGAGCCUGGGCAGGAGGAGCGGGGCCCCACCUGCCGUGAUGAGGAGGGGCCCAUCAGGGCAAGGAGGUGGCUGUGCCCCAUCUGCUGCCGAAGUAAACUGGCAGCUCCCAGCGGCAGGGGAAAGGAGGGAAAGAAAUCAGCCACCUCCAAGUCCAGAUGGAGGUGGCCAUGGGUGCGCCUGGGCAGGCGGGAGCCAGCGCCAUCACAGCUCCCGGCACCCGAAGAGCCGUGCAGCUCCCCUCCUGGGUCAUGGGGCAGCCUGGAGCCCGGCCCUGCAGCCCCGCAGCAGGAGGCAGCCCCGUGCCAAGCCGGGGACGAGGGCCCAGCUGCCCUGGGGCAGGAGCUGAGCCAGGCCCACAGCAGCCCCUGCCUGAGCCGCAGCUCCUCCUGGGAUGACUGGCACACGUCCCAGGAGUCCGGGAGCACCAGCCCCAGCACCAGCUCCUCCUCCUCCUCCUCCUCGGACUCUGAAAAGUCCCAAGAGGCCCAAAGCACCAGCACGAGCACGAGCAGCAGCUCCUCCUCGGAGGACAGCGAUAGCUCGGAGGAGUCCAACACCACCAGUUCGACCAGCAGCUCCUCCUCGGAGGACUCCAGUAGCUCCCUGGAGUCUGGGACCAGCCCGGCCCCCGGUGCCACCUGCACAGUGAUUCCCAGCCCAGCCGGCGAGGAGCUGGAGGAAGAGGAGGAGGAAGAGGAGGAGGAGGAGGAAGAUGGAAGGUCCCCGGAAGAAGCUGCCCUCCUCCUUGUGAAGAAACACCUGCAGGACCCCGGGGAGAUGCUGGACGGGAAGGACAGGCAGCGCUUCCUGCUGGCCAUCAUCAGCCUGACCAUCGCCGCGGACCAGAGCAGAGAGGUGGCUGUGGAGCUGGAGGACCUGAAAGCGGCCGUGCUGGAGAGGAUCGUGGACCUGAUGGAGACCAUCUCAGUGGAGGGCGACCGAAAACACAUCCUGGCGUACAGCAUAGACGCCAUCCGCUGCCUCAGCGACCCGAAGCUCAGCCUGGAGCCAGCGCUGGAGUUGCGCCUCCUGCGGGCCACCGUGGAGAAGAGCUUCCUGGCCAUAGGGCGUGAAACCCAUCGAAACCAGGUCGUGCAGCGACUGUACGAGGAGUACCUGGAGGGCCUGCUGUGCUGCGUCUUGUCCAGCGCCCCCAGCCUGGGCAAGCUCUACUCCAUCUGGGAGCACUUUACAUCGUGGACUGAGGCGCCGGAUGCCCAGCACCGUGCACUGGGCAUGAAGAUCAUGACCGGCGCUAUUGCCUUUGCUGUGCAGCUCCUCCCACAAUUUGAGGUCAGUGAGCCCCUUCCUUCCCCAGUGUCCUGGUCCCCUGCCUUUGCCAGGGCCCUCCUGGGAGAGUGGGGUCAAAGCUGGACAAGGAGCUUCACUCCAGGGCUUUGCUUCUGCCUCAGUGGUGCCCCUGACUCUUUACGGGUCUCUUUUCCAUGGCCUGCUCUGGGCAUGGUCAGCCCUGGACAUGGGGCCUACUAGCCCUGGAGCAUGAGGCACGGGGAGUGAUCCUGGGG